AUGCCCAAGUACCAGCCGGCAUCAAGUGAUAUGGUGGGCGGCAGUGGAGCAGGAGCUGCAAAUUCAGCCACGGCCGGGUUGUCAUAUCCCGUGCUGGCGCGGAAGAAUUAUUCAACCUGGUCUAUCAAGAUGCAGGCUUUGAUGGAGGCGCAGGAGACGUGGGAUGUGGUAGAGCCGGCUGAUGGUCAAGCUGUCGAUGCGAGGCGAGACAAGGUGGCUCGUGCAUCCAUCCUUCAGGCGAUUUCGGAGGAUCUUCUUUUUGUUGUCUCGGAGAAGACAACUGCGAAGGAGGUGUGGUCGGCCUUGAAAACUAUGUAUCUCGGGGCUGACCGUGCGCAGCAACCAAGGGUGCAGACCCUCAAGCAGGAGCUCGACAUGCUGAAGAUGAAGAGCACCGAUAGUGUUGAGGAGUACGCUAUCAAGGUUGGCAGCCUCGUCAGCAAGAUACGAGAGUUGGAGGAGCCAAUGGAGGAUUCCUACGUUGCCAAGCGAAUGCCCUACUCAUGGGAGUGUCGUAGUAAAAAGAAAGAAGAGAAAGCAUUUGUAAUGGAGAAGGAUGACAGUGAGCCCGCACUAUUGUUUGCAGAGGUGUGUGAACUGAACUGUUCUGAAGAACAUGUCACAGAGACCAUCCUGUUGAAUGAGGAGAAGACAAAGCCAAAGCUUGGAGAAGAAGGAAGCCGUGAAGGAAUUUUCUGGUACCUUGACACCAGCGCAAGCAACCAUAUGACUGGUUGCAAGGAUGUGUUCGCUGAACUCGACACAUCUGUAUGUGGGUCAGUGAGGUUUGGAGAUGGCUCGGUCGUGGAGAUACGAGGCCGCGGCAUGAUUCUAUUCAAAGGCUUGGCAGAAGAACACAAAGUAUUGACUGAUGUGUAUUAUAUUCCUCGUUUAUGCAGUAACAUAAUCAGUUUGGGCUAG